CACGAGAUGAUCAAGUUCCUAUGGAAAGCUAUUUGGCCAAUUAUUGUACCAAGACACCAGCCUCUGUUAUUCAUGAGUAUCUUCAAAAACUCAGUAGUGAAGAUUCUGAAAUGGUUAAAAAGAAAU